AGUUUUACUUUAUAGACGAGUAUAAAUAUAAACGUAGUGAGCAUACCCGGCCAGUCGUUAUUGUGGAACUGAGCGCACAGUGAGUAUCUUAAUCGGACUUUGUGACCCGCGGUUAAGAUCACUGAUCUCGCCACAAAAUGGGGACAAUCACACGAAACGUCUUUAUGUGUUUACUUCUUACUACAAUAAGUGCUCGCGUAAUUUUAGAAGACUACGAGAAAACCAGAAACAACCUACUCGAAGAAGAGACUGUACAUGCUCUCGGAGGAAAACUAAAACUCGAUGAUGAAGAAGAAACACUAAACAAAAUAUUGAUGCAGCUCAAAGAAGUUGAAAUAAACGAAUACUUUAAAAAUCCGCACCGGUUCAACUUCUCAAAACACUAUUUCACAUACAGAGACGAAAUCAGCAACUCAAAAGUGUAUAAGAUAAUCAAACGGAUGCCCAAAGGCGGAGCAUUGCAUAUACAUAGUACACUGAUGUUAGGUGCGGAUUAUUUGUUAAAUCUGACGUAUGAAGACCACUUAUACACGUGCUACACGGACGACGUUUUCGAAUUACAGUUCUCAGAGGUUAUUCCACAGCGGUAUUGUCCAGUUAAAUGGACUCUCCUUAGCGAACUACGGAAUGCAUCCGAUGACGUCAAAGCGUUUGAUGCGGCUAUAAAACAACAUUUCACCCUAUACACGAAAGAACAAGAAGAUAUUGACUCUGUUUGGAAAAGAUUUAACAAAGUAUACUAUGCAAUUAAAUCUCUAAUAUUGUACAGACCUGUGCGAGAAAAAUUCUUCUAUGAAUCUUUGAAAAGAUUUUACAACGACAAUGUCAUGUACAUUGAAAUAAGAAGCGGUUUACAUAGCUUAUAUGAACUAGAUGGAACGCAACAUGAACGAAUGUAUAUGGUGAAAUUAUACCAAAACAUUACAAAGAAAUUCAGAGAAGAUUAUCCAGAUUUUAUAGGUAUUAAAUUGAUUGUAACAAAACACCGAGGAUCGGACAUCGACCAAAUUCGCCAAGCAUUGGACUUUGCUAGACAAAUUAAAAGGGAAGUUCCUGAAAUGUUCGCUGGAUUUGACUUAGUAGGGCAAGAGGACAAAGGAAAACCCUUAGUAGACUUUCUUCCAGCUCUGUUAGAGGCCAAAGAAGAAAUGAACUUUUACUUUCACGGUGGAGAAACAAAUUGGUUUGGCAUGGCGACUGAUGAAAAUUUAAUCGAUGCAGUAUUGUUGGGAUCUAAAAGGAUCGGACAUGGUUACGCGCUGACGAAGCACCCUACUUUGAUGGCAACUAUGUACAAGAACGAUAUCGCAGUGGAAGUGAAUGUAAUAUCAAAUGCUGUGCUUAGUUUAGUUCGUGAUGUGAGAAAUCAUCCGUUAGCAGUAUAUCUGGCUUUGGACUUUCCUGUAGUAUUGUCCAGUGAUGAUCCAGGUGUCUGGGGUGCAGAACCGUUGUCACACGAUUUCUAUAUAUCUUUUGUAGGUGUGGCAAGUAGACAUGCUGAUCUCCGUACCCUGAAACAGUUAGCUUUGAACUCAAUUAAAUAUAGUGCUUUAGACAGUAACGAGAAAGAAAAUUUCUAUAAUGUCUUUGAUAUAAGGUGGAGAGAGUUUGUGAAAAAUGAAAUUACUUUGAACUCGUAAGGUAGAAAAGCUAGUAUUUAAUUCAUGAGUGAUUUUAGUCAAAAGGGGCACAUCCAAAUCUUGGGCAUUAA